AUGGUUACAGACCACGUACACACCUUCAUGACAACAGCAUUUCCUGAAGACAGUGGCCUCUUACAGUGCGAUAGUGCAUCCUGCCAGACUGCCACAAUUCUUCAUGAAUGGUCUGAGGGACACAACAAAGUUUAUGGUGUUGACUUGGCCUCCAAACUCUACAGAUCUCAAUCCAAUGGUGAUGUGCUGGCCUCCUCCCAAAGAUGGUCCAUUCUGAAGAACCAUGUGAGCAUCACCUUAAAGCUGUGGGCAGAAACAAGGUGGGAGAGCAAGGUCAAGAGCGUUGAGCCCACGAGGUACCACGGAGCUGCCGUGAGAGAGGCUUUAAUUGAGGUGAGAGACAACACCAAAGACCCUGCUAUAAAGGCUGAGGCCCAGUCUUUGUCUGAGGAGGUGGGGUCAGACCGCUUCAGCAUCUGCACGGUUGUUUGGUAUGACAUGCUAUCUGCAAUACAGCAUGUCAGCAAACUCAUGCAGUAUCCAAAUAUGCAUGUCGACCUAGCUGUGAAUCUUUUGAAGAAGACUGAGCAAGGUCUCCAGAGCUACAGGGCAAGUGGCUUUGUGACUGCACAGAUGGUGGCCAAAGACAUUUUCAACUGUAAAGAUCUCAAGUUAUUUCAUACAAGACAAAGGCCAUAUUGGUGUUGUGAAUGUGACAAGACGUUCACUCGUAAGGGAGAUCUUCAGAGGCACAAAGCAAUUCAUACUGGACAGAAACCUCAUUGCUGCUCUGAAUGUGGUAAACGAUUUUUUGACAGAUUUUCUCUCCAAAGACAUUCAAGAAUCCACACUGGAGAAAAGCCCUAUGGCUGUGUUGAAUGUGGAAAAAGAUUCACUGACAGUGGCUCUCUACAAAGUCAUACAAGAAUUCACACUGGAGAAAAGCCGUAUUGCUGUUCUGAAUGUGACAAAAGAUUCAUUAAACUUAGCUCUCUUAAGAAUCACAGAAGAAUUCAUACAGGAGAGAAGCCAUAUGGUUGUUCUGAAUGUGGCAAACAGUUUUCACAAAGAAGCCAUCUUCAGAGCCACCAAAGAAUUCACACAGGAGAGAAGCCAUAUGUCUGUUUGGAAUGUGGCCAAGGAUUUGCCAAUUCUAGCAGUUUCCAAAGACAUUUGCGUGUUCAUACUGGAAAAAGACCAUUUGCUUGUUCUGAAUGUGGAAAACAAUUUCUUGACCAUUAUGACCUUCAGCGACACAGACGAGUUCAUACUGGAGAAAAGCCAUAUGGCUGUUCUGAUUGUGGGAAACUAUUCAGUGACAGUAGCCAUCUUCAGAAUCACAAAAGAAUUCAUACUGGAGAGAAACCAUAUGUCUGUUCUGAAUGCGGCAAACAGUUUUCACAAAGAAGCCAUCUUCAGCGCCACAAAAGAAUUCACACAGAAGAAAAGUCAUAUGUCUGCUCCAAAUGUGGCAAAGAAUUUCCCAGAAGUAGCUCUCUUCAGAAUCACAAAAGAAUUCAUACAGGAGAGAAGCCAUAUCCAUAUUGCUGUUCUGAAUGUGGCAAAAGAUUCAUUAAACUUAUCUCUCUUAAGAAUCACAAAAGAAUUCAUACAGGAGAGAAGCCAUAUGGUUGUUCUGAAUGUGGCAAACAGUUUUCACAAAGAAGCCAUCUUCAGAGCCACCAAAGAAUUCACACAGGAGAGAAGCCAUAUGUCUGUUUAGAAUGUGGCCAAGGAUUUGCUAAUUCUAGCAGUUUCCAAAGACAUUUGCGAGUUCAUACUGGAAAAAGACCAUUUGCUUGUUCUGAAUGUGGGAAACAAUUUCUUGACCAUUAUGAUCUUCAGCGAUACAGACGAGUUCAUACUGGAGAAAAGCCAUAUGGCUGUUCUGAUUGUGGGAAACAAUUCAGUGACAGUAGCCAUCUUCAGAAUCACAAAAGAAUUCAUACUGGAGAGAAACCACAUGACUGUUCUGAAUGCGGCAAACAGUUUUCACAAAGAAGCCAUCUUCAGCGCCACAAAAGAAUUCACACAGAAGAAAAGUCAUAUGUCUGUUCCAAAUGUGGCAAAGAAUUUCCCAGAAGUAGCUCUCUUCAGAAUCACAAAAUAAUUCAUACAGGAGAGAAGCCAUAUGUUAGUUUUAAAUGUGACCAACAGUUUCCCACAAGUAGCAGCAUUUAG